CAGUGCCCGCCCCGUCCCGGCGUGCCGCGCGGCGCCAUGGAGCGGGCCGCGGUGCUGCGCGUCCAGCGGAAGCGGGGCGGCGCGGAGCCGGCCGAGGCGCUGCUGCUCUCCUGCAAGCGGCUGCGCGCGGAACCCGGCCAGGCCGCGCCGGUGGAGAGGGGAGUCUUCAAGCUGGUGGCCACCGUGUGCUCCAAGAACGAACCCAUUCAGAAAUACGUUCAAGAGGGGAUCAGUCGAGACAAAGCAGCGCAGAGCCUGCGGCCCUCCCUGGGAAGCGCGCAGCGGAUCGCACAGGAGCUCCGCUCCUCCAAGCAGGUGAGGAGGAAGGAGAACCGCUACCGGGUGGUCACCAGCCAUCGGCCGGGCUCCAGCGGGACAGCCACACCGCACACAGACAGCGAGGCAGCGAGUGAUGGCGGCAGAUCGGCCCCUGCAGCAGCAGGAGAUGCAUCACCAGAGGAGAACGGUGCUGUCGAUAAGAGCUCGGACUGCGGUGGGAAAUUCCAGCUGUUUGAUAUCGUACAAGAGGAGGAGGUGGUGGAGGACUCCAGCGUUACUGCAGCAAACCCACAGAAAACUGGUGAUCCAGAUGUGAUUCUCUGCAAUGCAGUAGAGAUGAUCCGUGAGCGUUUAAAUGUUUCUGAAGAUCAUAAAAAAGUAGAACACCGUGAGAAAGAUGAGUAUGUUUAUGACAUCUACUGCAUGGAAACAUCGGCUCCUGGUUGGAUCCAAAACAUCCUCUCUGUACAGCCUUAUAAAGAAGAGUAUGAACUGGUAGAUGAUGAUCAAGUUCCAGCUGAAAUAUACGAAGAUGAAGAUGAUGAAAAUGAUGAAGAUAACUGGCGUAAUGAUUAUCCUGAUGAAGAUGAAUUCUUAGCUGAGGAAGAUGACGAAGAAAAAGACUCUGAAGAGAGCUCCAGUGACGAGAACCAGUGCUACAGGAGAAGAACAUGGAACAAAUACCGUCAGGAUGUUCUACAGGAAUUUGGCUAUGAUGAGAUCCAGGAUUUGGAUUCUGACUAGUAGCCUUUUUUUUUUUUUUUUUUUAAGAUGAAAUACAUAGAACUAUUGCAGUAGGACUGAAAAUCCAGACAGCUGCUGCUGGCUGUUCUACAUAAAAGCGUUGAAGGGAAAAAAACAAACAACACCUGGAAAAACACGUUCUGCUAGAAGUUGUACUGAUUGGGAGAGUAGAAAACCAGUUUCUACCUGAAUGAGCUUUAAGCUAAAUUCUUGCCUGGCUUUUAAAUAAUGUUUUGAAACUGUUGGUGACUGGCAUAGUUCACCCUGAUGCCUACUGUCUAGGCUUGAGUACUAAAGUGGAAUUCCAGCAAACACUAAAAGCUUUGCUUACCAUCCAAGCUGUCACAAAUGCCCAGUCAACUUCAGCUGAUAAUAAAUAGGUCUGAGGAUGGACAUUUGAUGAUACAAAUUUUCUUCCCGUGCAGAAGAUGCUGUAUCACUUAAAAGGGAAUAUUCCACUAGUUCAAUCAUUCUGAGGUUAUGAAAGGAAGAAAGCUUGUCAUGACUAAUGUACAAUUUUUCACAAGAUGAACAUAGCUACUGUGAUGGCAAGCAGGAAUCUCAGAAAAGGGACUCUCUCCUCGUGCCUUCUACUGUAUUUGUUCCUAGGUUUCAAGUUACCUUCUUUACAAGUGUUUGAGCAUACAAAAUGCCUUGACCCUCCCAUUCUUUGGCUCUCUGUCCAGUAAUUCCAGUGGAACAAUGUUAUGUGCAUUUGAAUUGUAAAUAAAGAAUCUUUGACUACA